AUGCAGUCCAGAUUCAAGGAAAGACUCUCCUACCAAACCAACCCACAAGAGCUUGAGAAGUUUAUGAAGCAGAAGCUCGACCGCAGCACCAGCGCUCAGGAGUCCUCAAAGCCCGAGGACCCUGAGAAGCAGAUUGGCCAAGAGCGAACUGCUCUCCACGACGCAGCAGAGUUCGGAUAUCCCAACUUUGCUCUGACAUUCAUCGAACACGGCGAUGAUAUCAACGCUGUAGAUGCAAAAGGACGCACUCCCCUCCAUGUUGCUGUACAAGCAGGACAAGAGGAGAUGGUCCGCCUCCUCAUAGAGAGAGGUGCAGAUGUGAACAUCAAAGACAACGAUGGACUGACUCCCCUCCAUUUUGCUGUGGUGCUGCGCUCAGUGGCUUUGGCUCGCCUGCUUGUGCAGGCUGGAGCAAACCCACGCGCUGAGAAUGCGCAUGGGCACACCCCGUUCCUCUUUGCUUACUUGUUUGAGGAAAAUGAGAUUUUCGAGUGCUUCGCCGAGACGAGCCGUCCGAAAGUCGAAGUAGUGCCCUCGAGCACGCUUCGUGGAUAUCUGGUCAACAUGCGGCCUUGGGCUAAGAUGAGAUCUGUGUUGUGA